AUGGUCCCCGUUGCAACUGUGGAACAAGUCGGAUUCCAAAAGCUACUGAAAACUAUGGACCCGAGAUAUGAGCUUCCCAGUCGCAACUACUUUGCACGAGAAGCACUGCCACAAAUGUACACUGAAAUCAGACAGAGCCUUGCUGACCGGCUCGCUAACGUGACCCAUUUUGCGUUGACCAGCGAUAUGUGGUCGAGCAGGACGUGUGAGCCUUACAUGAGCGUGACAGUUCACUUCAUUCAAGACUGGGAGAUGAAAACAGCGUGUCUGCAAACAAGUUAUUUCCCCCAGGAUCACACCGGUGAGCACAUAGCUGAGGCCCUGCAGGACGCAAUUGCAAGCUGGAAACUCCAAGAAAAGUAUCUGGUUGCUAUAACAAACGACAACUGGAGCAACAUCGUCAAAGCGGUUGAGCUGAACGAGUGGCUGAGGAUGCAGUGCUUCGGUCACAGACUGCACUUGGCUAUUGGUGAGUGCAGUGUUGUGUCCGUUGAAAUGCACUGUAAUAGUAGGAGACAUCUUGCUGAAGUCCAGAUUCAGCUGGGUCUGCCAAGUCACCAACUCAUAACUGAGUCUGCCACACGCUGGGGAUCCAGGCAGCAGAUGAUAGAGAGAGUCCUGGAGCAGGAACGAGCACUGGCCAAAGUCCUGUCUAAUGACAAAAAGACCAGGCACCUUGUCCCUACCUGGCAGGACUUAGAGGUCCUAGAAGCAGUCCAAAAGGUCCUGAAACCUCUCCAGGACUUUACUGAUGCUUUAUCAGGUGAGGAGUACGUCACUCUAUCAUAUGUGAAACCUGUGCUGCACCUUUUUAAUGAAAGUCUCCUGGCAUGUGAAGAGGGUGAUAGCGAGCUUUGUAAAUCGAUCAAGACCAGCAUUGUUGAGUACCUCAACAGCAAAUAUUCUGACCCAGCCACUACUGACCUUUUGGAGAUGGCUUCAUUUGUGGAUCCUCGGUUCAGGGCCACCUACAUCCCAAGUGAAAAAGUCGAUGCAUUGAAGCACAGAGCUGUCUUGGAGGUGGAGACGCUACUGGCUGAUCAGAGCAGCUGUCAACCGCCUUGCCUAUGUGUGCCCACUGUGCCUGAGCCUGCAGAUGGAGAAGCAGCAGUAGCACCAAAAGCUAAGAGACUGGCAAGCUUCUUCAAGAAGCGCACAGCCACCACCACUGCACCAACCAAGAGGGGGGCUAUUGAAAAUGAACUGUCAAGUUACUUGCAGUCCGCAAGUGUGGAGAGUGACACUGAUCCUCUCAAGUGGUGGAAGGAUCAUGAAGUUUUCUUUCCAUCUCUGAGCCACCUGGCAAAAAAGUAUCUCUUGGUACCAGCUACCAGCACACCCUCAGAAAGGGUUUUCAGCUGUAGUGGCAAUAUCGUGACCUGCCACAGAGCAUCUCUGAAGCCGGAUGCUGUUGACAGGCUGGUGUUUCUCGCACAAAAUCUUUAAACGAAGGAGGAUACGCUUGUCUGUCUUCUAAUGUCUACCUCAAGACAGCAUUACUGUUUAUCAAAGUAAAAAAGAGGGG